UGUUUUGAGGGGAGCGAGUGUUUUGAGUUGGGAAGCUCGUGAUCCCUAGGCGCAAGCGCAGUGGUGCAGCGACUCAAGCUGAAGUCUUCCUGUGGGGCACCCUUGCGGUACCAACUUGCUGCUUUUGAACCGGAAGCGGGAAGGCGUGCUUGCAGAACCAGCUGCUAGAUCCGUGCACGCGGGAAAAGGCGAAGCGACCUGGGUUUGCAUUGGCAGCCAGAAUGCAACGCUACAGGUUUGCAUUUGUUCGUAGUUAAGAGCACUGGCUAGGAAAUCACAGCCUCGAGAGUUCGAAUUCUUAUUGUCAGUUGUAUUACCUGUGCUGUCUUUUAGUGAGGUGAGGAUGCACGUUCUGAAAUCCUAAACCAUGAGUCUAGCACUGAAUGACCUGCUCAUCUGCUGCCGGCAGUUAGAACAUGACAGGGCUACAGAACGAAGGAAAGAAGUGGAUAAAUUUAAGCGCCUGAUUCAGGAUCCUGAAACAGUUCAACAUUUGGAUAGGCAUUCUGACUCCAAACAAGGGAAAUAUCUGAAUUGGGAUGCUGUUUUCAGAUUUUUGCAGAAGUACAUUCAAAAGGAAACAGAAAGUCUUAGAACAGCAAAAUCAAAUGUCUCAGCCUCUACACAAACCUCCAGACAGAAGAAGAUGCAAGAGAUCAGCAGUCUGGUCAGAUUCUUCAUCAAAUGUGCAAAUAAAAGAGCACCCAGGCUAAAAUGUCAGGACCUCUUGAAUUACGUCAUGGAUACGGUGAAAGACUCAUCUAAUGGCGCGACGUACGGAGCUGACUGCAGCAACAUCCUUCUCAAAGACAUCCUGUCUGUGAGGAAGUACUGGUGCGAAGUGUCUCAGCAGCAGUGGCUGGAAUUGUUUUCCCUGUACAUCAGGCUGUAUCUCAAACCAUCACAGGACAUUAAUAGAGUUUUAGUGGCUAGAAUAAUUCAUGCUGUCACCAGAGGAUGCUGCUCACAGACUGAUGGAUUACCUUCAAAGUUCUUAGAUCUUUUUUCCAAGGCUAUUCAGUAUGCCAGACAGGAAAAGAGCUCUCCUGGCUUAAGUCACAUCUUAGCAGCCCUUAACAUUUUCCUCAAGACUUUGGCUGUCAACUUCCGAAAGCGGGUGUGUGAAAUAGGAGAUGAAAUUCUUCCUACCUUACUGUAUAUUUGGACUCAACAUCGACUUAAUGACUCCUUAAAAGAAGUAAUUAUUGAACUAAUUCAACUGCAGAUUUAUAUCCAUCAUCCACAGGGAGCCAAAGCUCCUGAAGAAGGUGCUUAUGAAUCCAUGAAAUGGAAAAGGAUCUUGUACAACUUAUACGACCUGCUGGUGAGUGAGAUAAGUCACAUAGGAAGCAGAGGGAAAUACUCCUCAGGAUCUCGUAAUAUUGCUGUCAAGGAGAAUCUGAUUGAGUUGAUGGCAGAUGUCUGUUACCAGCUUUUUAAUGCAGAUACCAGAUCCGUGGAGAUUUCUCAGUCUUAUGCGACACAAAGGGAAUCCACUGACUACAGUGUACCUUGCAAAAGAAGGAAAAUAGACAUAGGCUGGGAAGUGAUAAAAGAUUAUCUUCAGAAGUCACAGAAUGAUUUUGAUCUUGUGCCAUGGCUACAGAUUACAACCCGAUUAAUAUCAAAAUAUCCUUCCAGUUUACCUAACUGUGAGCUGUCUCCAUUAAUACUGAUCCUGUACCAGCUUCUGCCUCAACAGCGGCGUGGAGAACGCAUUCCAUAUGUGUUACGAUGCCUUACGGAAGUUGCCUUAUGUCAAGGCAAGAAAUCAAACCUAGAAAGCUCUCAAAAGUCAGAUUUAUUGAAACUGUGGAUUAAAAUUUGGUCUAUUACCUUUCGUGGUAUAAGUUCUGAACAAACACAAACUGAAAACUUUGGUUUACUUGGGGCCAUUAUUCAAGGUAGUUUAGUUGAACUUGACAGAGAAUUCUGGAAGUUAUUUACUGGCUCAGCCUGUAAACCUUCAAGUCCUUCAGUUCGCUGCUUGACUUUGGCGCUUAGCAUGUGUGUGGUUCCAGAUGCGACAAAAAUGGGAACAGAACAAACUGUGUGUGACACAAAUAGAAGUUUUUCUGUGAAGGAGUCGAUAAUGAGGUGGCUCUUAUUCUACCCGUUAGAGGGCGACUUGGAAGACAGUGCAGAGCCGCCUCCCGUCCUCCACAGUAAUUUCCCUCAUCUCGUACUGGAAAAAAUUCUUGUAAGUCUCACUAUGAAAAACUCAAAAGCUGCAAUGAAGUUUUUUCAAAGUGCCCCAGAAUGUGAGCAACACUGUGAAGAUAAAGAAGAGCCUUCAUUCUCAGAAGUGGAAGAACUGUUUCUCCAGACAACUUUUGACAAGAUGGAUUUUUUAACUCCUGUCAAAGAAGAUACUGUAGAAAAAUUUCAAUCUAGUGUUGGCUUCUCUGUCCACCAAAAUCUCAAGGAAUCACUGGAUCAUUAUCUUCUGGGAUUAUCAGAACAGCUUUUAAGUAAUUACUCUUCUGAGAUUACAAGUUCAGAAACCCUUGUCCGGUGUUCGAGUCUUCUGGUGGGUGUUCUUGGCUGCUAUUGUUACAUGGGUGUAAUAACUGAAGACGAAGCAUAUAAAUCAGAAUUAUUCCAGAAAGCCAAGUCUCUGAUGCAGUGUGCAGGGGAAAGUAUCUCUUUGUUUAGAAAUAAGACAAAUGAGGAGUCCAGAGUUGGUUCACUGAGAAGUGUGAUACAUCUGUGUACAAGUUGCUUGUGUAGACAUACCAAGCACACUCUAAACAAGAUGGCCUCUGGCUUUUUCCUGCGAUUAUUAACGUCCAAGCUCAUGAAUGACAUUGCAGAUAUUUGUAAAAGCUUGGCAUCCUGUACGAAAAAGCCAUUUGACUAUGGAGAGGAGCAUUCGGUGAGAGAUGAUGAUGAUGAUGGUGAUGGUGGUGGUGGUGGUGAAAGUCUGAUGGAGACACAGGGUUCAUCAUCCACAGAUCUAUUUAGCGAUUACUCUGCUAGUACUGUGAGCGAUGCAAACGAUUAUGGAGAGAACCAGAAUGCUGUUGGUGCCGCAAAUCCUCUAACUGCUGACUGCCUGUCCAAACAAGAUCAUCUUCUUCUAGACAUGCUCAGGUUCUUGUGCCUCUCUGUAACUGCAUGUCAGAGCCAGACUGUGUCUUUUAGAGGAGCUGAUAUUAGAAGAAAGUUGUUAAUGUUACUCGAUUCUAGCACACUCGAUCUCACUAAAUCCCUCCACCUACACAUGUACUUGGUGCUUUUGAAGGAUCUCCCUGGAAAAGAACAUUUGUUGCCAAUGGAAGAUGUUGUUGAACUUCUGCAGCCAUUGUCCCUUGUAUGUUCUCUGUAUCGGCGUGACCAAGAUGUCUGCAAGACGAUUUUAAGCAAUGUCCUCCAUAUAGUGACAAACCUAGGUCAGGGCAGCGUGGACACAGAGAGCACAAGGAAUGCUCAAGGACAGUUCCUGACAGUGAUGGGAGCAUUUUGGCAUUUAACAAAGGAAAAGAAAUGUAUAUUCUCUGUCAGAAUGGCGUUAGUAAAGUGUCUUCAAACACUGCUUGAGGCUGAUCCAUAUUCUAAGUGGGCGAUUCUUAAUGUAAAGGGACAGGACUUUCCUGUACGUGAAGCAUUUCCACAGUUUCUGACUGACGGUCACCAUCACGUUCGGAUGUUGGCUGCGGGGUCGAUCAGCAGAUUAUUCCAGGAUAUGAGACAAGGCGAUUCCUCCAGAAGCUUGAAAGCACUUCCUCUGAAGUUUCAGCAGACAUCUUUCAACAGUGCAUACAUGAAAGCAGAGGCAGGAAUCAGAGAACUGUUAUGUGAUUCUCAGAACCCUGAUCUUCUGGAUGAGAUUUAUAAUAGAAAAUCCGUAUUGCUGACGGUGAUAGCUGUGGUCUUGCACUGUAGCCCAAUCUGUGAAAAGCAGGCUUUGUUUGCCUUAUGCAAAUCUGUGAAGGAAAAUGGACUAGAACCCCAUCUUGUGAAAAAGGUUUUAGAGAAAGUCUCCGAGUCGUUUGGAUGUAGGUGCUUAGAGGACUUCAUGGCUUCUCAUCUAGAUUACCUGGUUUUGGAAUGGCUGAACCUUCAAGAUGCUAAAUACAGCUUAUCUUCCUUUCCUUUUACGUUAUUAAACUACACAAGCGUGGAGGAUUUCUAUAGAUCUUGUUACAAGAUUCUGAUUCCACACUUGGUAAUUAGAAAGCACUUUGAUGAGGUGAAGUCCAUUGCUAAUCAGAUUCAGAGGUGCUGGAAAAGCCUGCUGAUCGACUGCUUUCCAAAGAUGCUUGUGCACAUCCUUCCGUACUUUGCCUAUGAGGGCACGGGGGACAGCAGCUCGGCACAGAAGAGGGAGACUGCUACCGAGGUCUACGAUGCUCUUAAAGGUGAAGACUUCCUAGGAAAACAGAUUGAUCAAGUAUUCAUUAGUAAUUUGCCAGAGAUCGUGGUGGAGCUGCUUAUGACAUUGCAUGAAACGGCUGACUCGGAUUCUGGUCAAAGCCCCGACCUCUGCGAUUUUUCAGGGGAUUUGGAUCCCGCUCCCAAUCCGCCAUAUUUCCCGUCACAUGUCAUUAAGGCAACAUUUGCCUACAUCAGCAGCUGUCAUAAAACCAAGUUUAAAAGCAUUCUAGAAAUCCUUUCUAAAAUCCCUGAUUCCUAUCAGAAAAUACUCCUGGCCAUUUGUGAACAAGCAGCUGAGACAAAUAAUGUCUUUAAAAAGCACAGAAUUCUUAAAAUAUACCACCUGUUUGUCAGUUUAUUACUGAAAGACAUACAGAGUGGCUUGGGAGGAGCUUGGGCCUUUGUUCUCCGAGAUGUUAUUUAUACCUUGAUUCACUAUAUCAACAAAAGGUCUUCCCAUUUCACUGACGUGUCAUUACGUAGCUUCUCCCUGUGCUGUGACCUAUUAAGUCGAGUUUGCCGUACAGCGGUAACUCACUGUAAGGACGCCCUAGAAAACCAUCUUCAUGUUAUUGUGGGCACACUUAUACCCCUUGUGGAUUAUCAGGAGGUUCAAGAACAGGUAUUGGACCUGUUGAAGUACUUGGUGAUAGAUAACAAAGACAAUAAAAACCUCUUUGUCACAAUUAAGCUUUUGGAUCCGUUUCCUGACCGUGUUGUCUUUAAGGAUUUGCGUCUUACUCAACAGAAGAUAAAAUAUAGUGGAGGACCCUUUACACUCUUAGAGGAAAUAAACCAUUUUCUCUCAGUAAGUGCUUAUAAUCCACUUCCACUAACCAGACUGGAAGGACUGAAGGAUCUUCGGAGACAACUGGAACAGCAUAAAGAUCAGAUGCUAGAUCUUGUGAGAGCAUCUCAGGAUGACCCACAAGAUGGCGUUGUGGUGAAGCUGGUGGUCAGCUUGUUGCAGCUAUCCAAGAUGGCAGUGAACCAGACUGGUGAAGGAGAAGUUUUAGAGGCUGUCGGCAGGUGUUUGGGAGAAAUCGGUCCUCUGGAUUUCUCUACUAUAGCUGUACAGCAUAGCAAAGAUACGCCGUACACCAAAGCCUACGGGUUACCUGAAGACAGAGAACUUCAGUGGACCUUGAUAAUGCUGACUGCCCUGAACAACACCCUGGUGGAGGACAGUGUCAAAAUUCGAUCAGCUGCUGCUACCUGUUUGAAAAACAUUUUGGCUACCAAGACCGGACAUAUUUUCUGGGAGAAUCAUAAGACAUCAGCAGAUCCAAUGCUGACCUAUCUGCAGCCUUUCAGAGCAUCGAGGAAAAAGUUUUUAGAAUUACCCCAGUUUGUUAAAGAAGAUGCUUUAGAAGGCCUGGAUGAUGUCAAUCUGUGGGUUCCUCAAAGUGAAAGCCAUGACAUUUGGAUAAAGACGCUGACGUGUGCCUUUUUGGACAGUGGAGGCAUAAAAAGCGAAAUUCUUCAGUUACUAAAGCCAAUGUGUGAAGUGAAAACCGACUUUUGUCAGAUGGUGCUGCCAUACUUGAUCCAUGAUGUUUUACUCCAAGAUACACAUGAGUCGUGGAGAACUCUGCUAUCUACACACAUCCGAGGAUUUUUCACUAACUGUUUUAAACAUUCCUCCCAAGCAAGCCGCUCAGCGACUCCCGCGAAUUCGGAUUCAGAGUCAGAGAACUUUCUCCGAUGCUGUUUGGAUAAAAAAUCACAAAGAACCAUGCUCGCUGUUGUCGACUACCUGAGAAGGCAAAAGAGGCCUUCCUCGGGAACAGCUUUCGAGGAUGCCUUCUGGCUAGAUUUGAAUUAUCUUGAGGUUGCAAAGGUGGCUCAGUCCUGUGCAGCUCACUUCACAGCACUGCUCUAUGCAGAGAUCUAUUCAGAUAAGAAAAGCAUGGAUGAGCAAGAGAAAAGAAGUCCAACAUUUGAAGAAGGAAGUCAAGGUACAACUAUUUCUAGUUUGAGUGAAAAAAGUAAAGAAGAAACUGGAAUAAGCUUACAGGAUCUUCUCUUGGAGAUCUACAGAAGUAUAGGAGAGCCAGACAGCCUGUAUGGCUGCGGGGGAGGGAAAAUGUUACAACCCCUUACCCGAAUAAGGACGUACGAGCAUGAAGCAACGUGGGAGAAAGCCUUAGUGACAUACGACCUUGAGACCACCAUCUCCUCCUCCACCCGCCAGUCGGGAAUCAUCCAGGCCUUGCAGAACAUGGGGCUCUCCCAUAUUCUUUCUAUCUACUUGAAAGGAUUGGACCAUGAAAGGAGAGAGUGGUGUGGGGAACUGCAGGAGCUUCAUUACCAGGCGGCGUGGAGGAACAUGCAGUGGGACCUCUGCACUUCUGCCAACCAAGAACUAGAAGGAACCAGUUACCAUGAAUCGUUGUAUAAUGCUCUGCAGUGCCUAAGAAACAGAGAAUUCUCCACAUUUUAUGACAGUCUCCGACAUGCCAGGGUGAAGGAAGUUGAAGAGUUGAGCAAAGGCAGCCUCGAGUCGGUGUAUUCGCUGUACCCCACACUUAGCAGAUUGCAGGCAAUCGGAGAACUGGAAAACAGUGGAGAGCUCUUCUCAAGGUCGGUCUCAGACAGAGAGCGCUCUGAGGUAUACCUGAAGUGGCAGAAGCACUCCCAGCUUCUGAAGGACAGUGACUUCAGCUUUCAGGAGCCUCUCAUGGCUCUCCGCACAGUCAUUCUGGAGAUCCUGGUACAAAAGGAAAUGGAGAACUCUCAAGGAGGAUGCUCUAAGGACAUUCUCACCAAACACCUUGUUGAAUUCUCUGUUCUGGCCCGAACCUUCAAGAACACACAGCUCCCUGAAAGGGCAAUAUUUAAAAUUAAGCAAUAUAAUCCAGCUGUUUGUGGAAUCUCUGAAUGGCAUUUGGAAGAAGCACAAGUAUUUUGGGCGAAGAAGGAGCAGAGUCUUGCCCUAAGUAUCCUCAAGCAAAUGAUCAAGCAGUUGGACUCCAGCUUUAGAGAGAAUGAAGCAGGUCUAAAAGGCCUACACGCAGAGUGUCUGAGGGUUUGUGGCAACUGGCUGGCAGAGACUUGCCUAGAAAAUCCUGCAGUCAUCAUGCAGACCUAUCUAGAAAAGGCAGUGAAGGUUGCUGGCAGUUAUGAUGGCGACAGCCGAGAGCUCAGAAAUGGACAGAUGAAGGCCUUCCUCUCAUUAGCGCGGUUCUCUGAUACGCAGUACCAGAGGAUCGAGAACUACAUGAAGUCAUCCGAAUUCGAAAACAAGCAAGCUCUCUUAAAAAGAGCCAAGGAAGAAGUGGGUCUUAUAAGGGAGCAUAAAAUUCAGACGAACAGAUACACAGUAAAGGUUCAGAGAGAACUGGAGCUAGAUGAAUGUGCUCUCCGUGCACUGAAAGAGGACCGUAAACGCUUCCUGUGUAAAGCAGUUGAGAACUACAUCAGCUGCUUACUAAGCGGAGAAGAACAUGAUCUGUGGGUGUUCCGACUCUGCUCCCUCUGGCUGGAAAAUUCUGGAGUCUCUGAAGUCAAUGGCAUGAUGAAGAGAGAUGGAAUGAAGAUUUCCUCCUAUAAGUUUUUGCCUCUCAUGUACCAAUUGGCUGCUAGAAUGGGGACCAAAAUGACAGGAGGCCUAGGAUUUCAUGAAGUCCUCAAUAAUCUCAUCUCUAGGAUUUCAAUGGAUCACCCCCAUCACACCUUGUUCAUCAUUCUGGCCUUAGCAAAUGCAAACAAAGAUGAGUUUUUGAGCAAACCAGAGACAGCAAGAAGGGUCAGAAUAACCAAGAAUGCACCCAAAGAAAGCUCUCAGCUUGAUGAGGAUCGAGCAGAGGCUGCAAGCAGAAUAAUCCAUACGAUCAGAAGUGCGAGGCGUACGAUGGUGAAGGACAUGGAGGCGCUCUGCGAUGCCUACAUCAUCCUGGCGAACCUGGAUGCCUCUCAGUGGAGGAACCAGAGAAAAGGCAUCAGCAUCCCAGCCAACCAGCCAAUCACUAAACUCAAGAAUUUAGAAGACGUUGUUGUUCCCACUAUGGAAAUUAAGGUUGACCCCACAGGAGAGUAUGAAAAGCUGGUGACUAUAAAGUCAUUUAAAACAGAAUUUCGCUUAGCCGGAGGCUUAAAUUUACCAAAAAUAAUAGACUGUGUGGGUUCUGACGGCAAGGAGAGGAGGCAGCUUGUGAAGGGCCGAGAUGACCUGAGGCAGGAUGCUGUCAUGCAGCAGGUUUUCCAGAUGUGCAAUAUGCUACUGCAGAGGAACACUGAGACUAGAAAGAGGAAACUGACCAUCUGCACAUACAAGGUGGUCCCCCUCUCCCAGCGAAGCGGUGUUCUUGAGUGGUGCACAGGAACCAUCCCUAUCGGUGAAUAUCUUGUUAACAACGAAGAAGGUGCUCAUAAAAGAUACAGGCCAAAUGAUCUCAGCGCCUAUCAGUGCCAAAAGAAAAUGAUGGAAGUGCAGAAGAAGUCUUUUGAAGAGAAGUAUGAGACCUUCAUGACUAUUUGCCAGAACUUUGAGCCAGUUUUCCGUUACUUCUGCAUGGAAAAAUUCUUGGAUCCAGCUGUUUGGUUUGAGAAACGGUUGGCGUAUACGCGUAGUGUGGCCACGUCGUCUAUCGUUGGUUACAUCCUUGGACUUGGUGAUAGGCAUGUCCAGAAUAUCCUAAUAAACGAGCAGUCAGCAGAACUCGUGCACAUAGAUUUGGGAGUGGCUUUUGAACAGGGGAAGAUCCUUCCCACUCCAGAGACAGUUCCUUUUAGACUCAGCAGAGAUAUCGUGGACGGGAUGGGUAUCACUGGUGUGGAAGGUGUCUUCAGAAGGUGCUGUGAAAAAACAAUGGAAGUUAUGCGUAGUUCCCAGGAAGCUCUGCUCACCAUUGUAGAGGUUCUUUUGUACGACCCACUCUUUGAUUGGACUAUGAACCCUUUAAAAGCUUUGUACUUACAGCAGAGGCCAGAAGACGAGACUGACCUCCAGUCCACCCCCAGUGCAGACGAUCAGGAGUGCAAACGAAGUCUUAGUGAUACUGACCAGAGUUUCAACAAAGUAGCUGAGCGCGUCCUGAUGAGAUUGCAAGAGAAGCUGAAAGGCGUGGAGGAGGGCACUGUGCUCAGUGUGGGCGGACAGGUGAACCUGCUUAUCCAGCAGGCCAUGGACCCCAAAAACCUCAGCCGACUCUUCCCAGGGUGGAAAGCGUGGGUGUGACCUUCAGUAGAGGAGUUGCUGGACUUCAGAAAGGACCUGCCACCCACCAUAUUUGGAUAGGAAUUACUGAAGUGAACAACUGCUUUUAAACCAAUUGUCUACUUGAUUGAUCAUCACCCAAAUAUUAGUAUUCAUUCCUGCUGUCUUCUGUUAGAGGCGAUGGUUACUCAAGAUCUCUGUGCUGACUCUUAGAUCAUGCUUGUGUUACCACAGUAGGGUCACCCACACGCACACCAAACUGCAAACAGUGGUAGAGUGAGCUUAACUUUGGUGUACUUUAAGACAAGAUCGUAACAAUCUUAGUUAAAGCAUGUUUUCCAGAUAGUGUGUGUGUGUGUCACACGCAUUAAGUAAUGAAGUACUUAUCUGUCAAUAUAUCAUGGGAAACCCACAUUAGAAUGAAUGUUGGGCUAGAGCGUGUGCCUAACCUGUAUGGGGCCCCAUAUUCAGACCAGAAUUGCAGAUUCAAGAGAAAAAAAUAAUAGAGCAUGUUGAAAGUUGGUGGUACAGGUUAAAGAUCCUCUGUUCCAAAGUCCAAAAGAUGAGAUGUUUGGUGUUUAAAACUUUCUGACAUAUUAGGCUCAUCUUAGACUUGCAGAUUAGCCUGUAGCUAGUCUUAACUUGCUGUUUGCACAAAUGCUUCACAACAUGAAAAUGUCUAAAGCUGAACGCAGUUCUGGUCCUUGGCAUUUUUAGGAAGGGACACUAAAGCGAUGUUCUGAUUUCAAGCCAGGUGUGGUAACCCUUUAAUCCCUGUGCUCCAGAGAAUCUUGAGUAGCCCGGGGUAAGAGGGAGUCUUCAGAUGGUUUGCUUUGUCUCAUCCUCAGAGGUUUUACUGACAUUUUUUGGCUCCAGGGCUUUAGAUCUCAGGAGUCGUGUAGAUUUCUAAGAGCAGAAGAGUCUUUCAGGCCACAGUAGACCUGUUCUCUGUCAUCUGUACGCUGGUGGGCAUAGUAUUUUAUUGAUGCCCCUUAAAUGUCACCUAUGUCAUGGUGGCAGUGUGAAGGGAGAUGCAUUUACUGCCGCUCCUUUCUGUUUGCGAACCUAAGAUAUAUGUAUAUAUAAUUUGUAUUGUUGAUAUAUACAUACACACAUACACUGGUAAGCUGCUAUGAAAUUAUCCUGCAUUUCAACUUUCUUUUGUAUUUUGUAAGUACUGCCUUACAAAAUGGAUGUUUGGUAUCUACUUGACUGCAGAAAAUCAAGUGAAUGUAAUGAACUUAGAAUGUCUUUAAGCGAGUGUUGCUAUCUUCAUGGACAGAGGAAGAUAAUUAGCUAAUGAUGGGUAGCUAAAUGAAUUUCUAAUUUGGUUUUGUAGUUAAUCCACUGAAGAGGUUGGGAUAAUAUAAUUGGUCCAUUCUUUACCCUUGAAUAAUAUUCCAUAAACAGAAGCUAUUCAGCUUUCUAUUAAAUUUUUCAGAUAAACCUAGAAGCAGCUCAUUGAAAGGUGAAAGAGACUAAGUUAGAAAAUAUUGACAGUCUUGAGUGAGAUGGGCAGUUACCAGGAGCCAAUGAGUGGUAGACUUAUAGGUUAUUAAAAGUCAGGUAUUUUCUUUAUGCUGAGUGCCUGCCAUGUCUGUCAGCAACACCUCGGAUUCUUACAGCCUUUGUGAUAUUCACGAUGGUCUCACAGUUUAUCUGGAGAAAGGUUACCUGCCUAACAACAGAAGGCAUUGUACAUGUUUCUCACCAGUCAGGAAGAAGUAGUAGAAAAGCUGCUAGAAGCGAGACAGCGUGUCUGUCCACAGUGAAGGAGGCAGCGCCCCUCUUCCGGCCCUGUGCUCCUGUACCCCUGAAAUGGUGCCCAGUUAGGUCCUAAAGCUCAGGUCACCAUAAUGUUCAACCCAUCACAAAUUUAAAUAUGGUAAAAGGAAGAACUUUGAGCACCUUAAAGUUUAUAGCUGUCUUUUAAAGUAGGUCAGUAUGAAAUAGAGCCUGUGCCAUUUCUAAUUUCUAAUGUUACAGCUGUACCUUAGUAAUGUAUUUUAUGUAGAUUUGUUUAGUGCUAGUAAAAUAAAGAACUGUACAAGUAUUUGCUGACUA